AUGGGCAUCGUGUGCGGGCACGUGCUGAGGAGUACCUGGCCACCGACGGGCAGCGAGGACGCUCUGGAGGAGCUGGCGACGCGCGCGGGACAGCCGGGGGUGGCGGGGGCGGUGGGGGCGGAGGUGCGUCGACUUCAGCGCGCCAGAUUGGCCCUCCACCGUUGCGCCCGCCUCUGCAGUCUCCACUUCGGACCCGCACUGCUGCUGGCGGUCUUGGGAGAUUUCGUCGUGAUGACCUGCUGCGCAUACUGGCUUGUAUGCGUGACAAGUGAAGCACACUACCAGCUAGCAAACAAGAGCGCGCUAGUACUCAUGAACGCUUUCAGCCUUACUAACGCCCUGUGUCGCCAGUUGGCGGUCUGCUGGGCCUGUUCCUCGGCGGCCGAGCGCGCCGACAGAACUGGUCUGUUGCUGUCCAGGCUGGAGCCGCUGCUACGUUCCGGGCCGGCAGCGGACGUUCUACGACUUCCGGUGGACAGACUAUGUGUUUCCGCCAUGGGAUUUUAUAACAUCGACCUUCAGAUGUUCGUAACUACUGUUAGUGCUGCAGUCGCCUAUCUCGUGAUUCUUAUACAAAUUCCUACCUAA